CACCCGUGAGCAACACCACCAAGGACACGUGCUGCAUUUUCCACGGUCCAUCGUCAUGGCUGACACCGUUCGAUCCCGCAAUGCACCAGGCGGCGGCGCGAUUGCCGCGUCCAUUGUCGUCCCUACGUACAAAGAAAGCGCCAACCUGAAGGAACUGGUGACCCGUGUGUUCACUGCACUCGGGCCGCGCGCGGCAUCCACGGAGAUCAUCGUCGUGGACGACAACUCGAACGACGGGUCUGAAGAAGCGAUCAAAGCACUUGCGGCUACGGGGUUGAACGUGCGUAUCAUCGUUCGCACCACUGAACGUGGUCUCAGCAGUGCUGUCUUGCGCGGCUUUGAAGAGGCCAAAGGCGACCUGCUCAUGUGCAUGGAUGCCGACUUGCAACAUCCCCCCGAGAGCGUGCCCGACCUUCUGGACGCUAUUGACUCGUCCAAGGGAGCUGACGCGGAAUUCGUGAUCGGUACUCGAUACGGCGGUGACAAAUUCUCCGUGGACAAGGACUGGCCGCUGUACCGCCAGGUGAUUUCCAGUGGCGCGCGCAUGUUGGCACGGCCGUUGAGUGGACUGUCGGACCCCAUGACAGGGUUCUUCGGGGUGCCCGCGAAGGUGCUGCAACGCGCGCGGAAGAGCGAAGUGAACUCUGUGGGGUUCAAGAUCGCGCUCGAGCUAUUCGUAAAGUGCCGCGUGAAGAAGCAUGCCGAAGUGCCGAUCAACUUUGGCGUCCGCGUGCACGGCGAAAGCAAACUGUCGAGCAAAGUGAUCGUGCUGUACUUGCAGCACCUCUUCGACCUGUACAACUUUGCGUACCCGUCGCUGUUGUGGUGCAUUUUUCUCAUCUUGUUCACCCUUGCCCUGCUCACGUUCUUGUGAUAAUGCAUACUACUGUAAACGUUACUGUACGAUUGAUAUUGUGAUUUGGAGAACAACCAAAUAUAACGUUACCGAAG